GACGCUUGCUUUCGUUUUAUUUUUCAGUCUUAACUCUUGGCGUAUGGACUAAGCCCCCAACCCGUUUGUUAGACAGAGUAGUUCGAUGAAUUUAACCGUCAAACCACAAUACGCUCUCUUUGCACCAAAUACCUCAAAACAACUGUUCAUGAUUCACCCAAACGCAAAUACAUAUGCGUCGCACCCGCCGACGUAUCCCCCGACGCAGAUGCAACCAGGUGUUCCCUAUCAAUCCAAGCAGAUGGAUGAUGUAAUGAGUCAACAACACCAAGUUAGACAACAACAACAACAGCACGCUGCUGCUGCUGCUGCUGCUGCUAUGAUGGCGUCGACCAGUCUGCAGCCACAGCAACAUCCAACCAUGCACUACUCUGGCCAUAGUGGUAUGCCACCGCCAGAUCCAUCGUCCAUCACUGAUCAUGGAUUGCAGUCUGUCAAUAUAAACCAACUGGCUGAAUUUGCUUCAUCCAUGGUGUUUUUGAUGUGGCAUGCUAGAAGACCCUCUGUUCUAGCUUUGUACAACUCUUCAAACUCGGCCACAACUUCGCCUGUUGGCACUCCACCUUCCAGCGCUAGUCCAACUGGUGCAGGUGCAACAGCAUCCGGUCAACAUCGCCAAAACAUUAUUGGCAGUUCUGCUAGUCCUGCAUUCAAAAAAUUCUGUUUACAAGUGCUUAAAGCCACGCAACUGUCAGAAUCUGUAGUUGUUUUAUCUUUAAAGUAUAUUGCAAUGCUUUUACAGAACAAUCCAAAUAUUCAAGGUGCCGAAGGAUCGGAAUAUAGAUUAUUUACAGUUGCUCUUAUGCUUGCUAACAAAUUCUUGGAUGACAAUACCUUUACAAACAAAACAUGGUCAGAGGUCACCAAUAUGAAAAUUGUUGAUCUGAAUAUCAUGGAAUUGGAAUUUCUGGAAGUGUUGAAAUUUCGGCUGUUCGUAAAACAGGAAGAAUAUGAGCGUUGGAAAGCUGCUCUCUUCAAGUUCCGAAACCAGCUGACAAGUGCUAAUGAUGCAGAAGCACAGCAGCAACGACAACAACAGGCUCAAGUUAUUGAAGCUACUCUCAGAAGCAUGGGUCUGACUAGCCCACAACAAGAUCCGCAAGCUUGGGCCGCUCAACAACAGCAACAGCAGCAACAACAACAGCAACAACAAGAAGUUGCUCGUAGACAAGCUCAAGCUGUUCAACAGCAGCAACAGCAGCAACAAGUGGUCGCUCAUCAACAAUACCAGAUGUACUUAUUGUCCAAAGGUCAACAGCCGCAAUUUCCACUUCAUCCACCAAGUCGACCUGUACAUCGCGUCCCGUUGAGGCUGCCUGUUCAUCCUGUGUACAUUCCGCCACCCACUGUUCACACUGCUCAAGUGAUGCAUUCAACGUCUCCGGCACAGCAAGCCAUCAUGAAUUCAUACUAUGAUAAUGCAGCUGUGGUUGCCGCUGCUAAUGCUCAUCAACAGGCUACCACUGCGGCCGUUUUGGCUCAACAGCAGCAGCCGCAAACUAGUGCACCUCCCGCAAACCCUGGAGCAGGCAUUGUUCAAAGUCGUACUCCGCAACCACAAGCUAUCCAUUAUGAUCCUGCUGUACACCAGCAACCAGUGCAGCCUCCACAGCAAGGCAGAACAACGCCUCUAAGUGCCGGUGCCAACACUAGUACCUUUGAAUAUCCACCAGCCUCGACGAUGGGACAAACACGAAACGAAGGUAUGGGUUAUGGUCAAUACAGUAACUAUGCUGGUCAGUCUACAACCGCGAACAUGGGUCAUACCGCUGCUCAAUCUAGCUAUGCCCCACCCGCCACCAGCCAUCCAGCCACUACAGGCAGUACUGGCUACAGCCAACAGCAGGCAGCUGUCCAGCGCUCGUCUUCGUUGCCACAAGGAGCUACUACCAUAGCUACUCAAAAUUAUCCACCUGUUUCAUCUUCACAACCUUCUCAAUCAUUGUAUCAUUAUCCUACUCCCAAUGUUACACCCUCGAUGCAGGCCAAUGUUCGUGUUCCUGACAACAAUGUUCAGCAACACCCCUAUGGCUCAACUGCCAAUCACAGUCAAGGGGUCUACAGUAAUUCUAGCCAUGUUCCUUCUCAGCAGAGAAAUUACUAUGGAACUGAAACGCAUACCGCUCCACGACCUCCUGCGCAAGACUACAAAUAUGGGUCUCAACCAAGCAAUGCACAACUUGAUCCUCGUGUGCAAACUUAUCAAGGGCGGUCUCCCAUGAUUCGUACGCCUUCAACACCAGGCUACGCUUAUGAAGGUGAUAAUUAUCAUUCUGAGGAUUAUAAUGAUCGACGAGAUGUCAAUGGUUUAUCGGCUACCGCCAAUGUCUUUCAUCCAAGGCAGCCAACUUAUUACCCACCACAGCAGCAAUACGGUGCUCGUCCUCCACCACCUAGUUCUGGUCCACAACCUGAAGACCCACGAACUGCUGCUAUGAUGUAUCGUCCUCAGCAACAACCUACUGGUCCUGUUCCGGAAGAUCCUAGGACAGCUGCUGAAUCCUAUCGAUCAAAACGCUCAAAUUAAUCAUAUUCUUAUAUGAUCUAGUAGCAUCUCUGGCGCUGUUUCGCUCCAAGCGUGAUAUGUUUUUACAUUGGGUGUGGUUGAUAGCUGAGCCAACCAACGAACCAGUGAUUCUUCAAUUGAUUUGCAUGAUGGGGAAAGUAUG